AUGUUUUGGCAAGCAGCAGCGCGAGUCAGACACACAGUCUCGCCUUUGCUCAGGCGAGCAGGCACUCGGGCACGAAGCGGAGCCGACCGAACCUUCACAUCCCACGCCAACCAACGACCCUUCUGGAACUCUGGGCGAGCUUUGCUCUUCUCUGCCGUCACUGGCACAACCACCUACUUUUACGGCGCCAAUGACGAACCCCACCGCAUCCAAAUGCCAUGGCUCAAGUCCACUGGUCCCCAGUACGCAAACAAGCACGAGAUGGAAAAGGCCAUCACUGAGCUGAGGGAAUUGCUGGGAGAGGAAGUAAUCAGCACCGACGAUGAAGAUUUGCACAGACACGGCUACUCGGAAUGGUCUUCGAUUAACAUUGACCAGCUCCCAGUCGCCGUGGCAUACCCAAAGUCGACUGAAGAGUGCUCGGCCAUUGCCAAAAUCUGCUUCAAGUACAGGAUACCAAUGAUUCCCUACUCUGGUGGAUCAAGCUUGGAGGCAAAUUUCUCGGCUCCCUUUGGAGGCAUGAGCAUCGACUUUGCCUUUAUGGAUCGAAUCAUUGCCUUGCACGAGGACGACAUGGACGUCGUCGUUCAGCCUUCUGUACCCUGGAUGAGUCUCAACGAUCAGAUAAAAGAGUCUGGUCUCUUUUUCCCUGUUGACCCCGGUCCAUCGGCCCGAAUUGGAGGCAUGGUAGGCACCAGCUGCAGCGGAACUAACGCUGUGCGAUACGGAACCAUGAAGGAUUGGGUCAUCAACCUGACCGUGGUGCUGGCUGACGGCACCGUCAUCAAAACCAGACAGCGGCCCCGAAAAUCAUCUGCUGGCUACAACUUGACAAACCUCUUCAUUGGGUCCGAAGGUACCCUCGGCAUCGUCACGGAAGUGACUCUCAAGCUAGCUGUCAUACCCCAAGAGACUAGUGUUGCAGUCGUGACCUUUCCUACAAUACGCGAUGCUGCAGCUGCAGCCUCUAAAGUACUGCGGGCCGGGGUCCCUGUAGCCGCCAUGGAGAUCAUGGAUGAUGUGCAAAUGGGCGUCAUCAACAAAGCGGGUGCGACGACAAAAAAAUGGAAGGAAUUACCGACCAUGUUCUUCAAGUUCUCGGGAACAAAGGCAGGGGUACAGGAAAAUAUCGAGCUUGUAAAGGCUAUCGCAAAAGCCAAUAAGAGCGGUGAUUUCGAAUUUGCCACGGAUGCCGAGGAGCAGAAAACCCUUUGGUCGGCUCGCAAAGAGUCACUUUGGAGCAUGAUGGCGCUCCGUCGCGAAGGCGAUGAGGUUUGGUCAACAGAUGUCGCGGUCCCCAUUUCCCGGCUCCCUGACAUUAUAGAAAUCUCCAAGAAAGAAAUGGACGACCUUGGCCUUUUUGCGAGUAUCCUUGGUCACAUUGGAGAUGGAAACUUUCACGAAAGCAUCAUGUACAACAGCAAAGACCCCAAAGAGCGAGCUGCCGUUGAAAAGUGUGUUCAUGACAUGGUCGACCGGGCGCUCGAGAUGGAAGGUACCUGCACCGGCGAGCAUGGUAUCGGACUCGGAAAAAAGGCAUCGUUGCAGAAAGAACUUGGUGUUGAUACCAUCAACGUAAUGAGAUGUAUCAAGGGUGCAUUAGACCCUUACUGGCUCAUGAACCCAGGAAAAAUCAUGGACGCUCAGGCAUAG